AGUGAGCUUGAGCCUUGGGGUGAGCGAGCGCAUGAAGGAAGAGAAAACGAAGGACGAGGAAGAAAAAGCCAGCCUCUUUCUGCGGACUGGAACCGGAAGUCAAAGGAUGCUAAUUACAACCCAAAGUCUGCUGUUGUUCGGAAACUUUUCAUGUCAUCAUGGAAACUUGGCAAAGUUUGUUGUGAAACUCUUUGCCAACUGUGGACGAGAUGGUGCCAGUAUGGGGGACAUGUCGACCCUGGGACGACGCAAUGACGCCCGCUCCCCGAUGUCGGCCGGCCACCUCAGCGCCUCCACAAUGUCCAUGCGGGCGAAAGCUCAACGCAAGAGACGAGCCAACGCACAGCAUAACAGCAACUUUCGAGCAGGUUACGUGCCGGUGGAUGAAGAGGUUUUGCACCGGACGGGUAUCAGGGGACGUAAGCGCUACUUCCUGUACUGUACUUUGAUCAUAUUAUUGAUAGUUGCUCUUCUCAAUGCCGCAGUCACAGUCUGGCUCAUCUACAUCCUGGGUAUGACUCACAACGGACUGACCACCAUCGAGCUGACCAGCAUGGAGGGCCGGGACUUCAUGCGGGUGUUGGCAGACGCCAGGAUCAUCUCUCUGUCCUUCAGUGACAACGCUUCUCUCGGAGCUCGCUACAACUCAAGCCUCAAAAUGACAGCCGAGGAUUCUAAGGCUCGAGUUAUGUCAGUUGGCGGUGGAAGAUCUAGCGUCACUUUGGAGGGCGGUAAUGUGACGGUCACCAGUGACGACUUCUCUGUGAGGACAGCGGAGGGCGAGGAGCCUCUGUCUCCUGACCUGCCCACACUGACCAACCUGGGAAUACUGACCAACCUGUUAGUGGACAAUGUGACGGCGACUGAGAUCACGUCCGUGGAGUACAUCAGCGACCUGUACCUCGAGUCGGCGCUGAACCAGGUAGAGGUCACAGGGUCGGAGGGCGUGGAGGUCAUCAGUGGUCAGGAGGUCGAUAUGAAAGGUUCGGAGAUAUUCCUGGAGUCUCAGACCAGCCUUAUCUUCGCUGCCGGCCGAGGGGUUUAUGUGGACCCCGCGAUGCCUCAGGUCACGACCUCUGACCCCAUUGACCCCAACUUGCUGACCUACAAAGUGUGCGUUUGCCAGUCUGGCUCUUUGUUUGCUGUUCCGGUCACUCGACCAGGAGUGUCUUGUGAUGUUGGACCCCAAAUCCAAACUUUGUGUGAAUAACAGUCUGUGUUGUUUUGUUUGUGUAUUUGUGUACGGUACCUAUUUUAUUGAUUGUUGUAAAUGUUCCUGUUUGGUCGGAAAUGUCUCUGACUUGUUGCAGCAAAUUUUUUUAAGGCGUUUUUGAAUCUUGAGAAUUCAUUUUAAAAAAACAUCGAUUUUUGGAAAGGAUAGAUAGGGCAUUGUCUUCUUACUUGUUCACUGUGUUGGAGUCACUGCUGUUGGAACAUGUCCAUCUCUGCUCUCCCCCCCCCUCUUCUGGAUCCAUCCCAGAGUCUGUCUGCUUAUAGUCUCCAUCAUAAUUUUCUUGCUUAUUUUACCUCUCACAUCAGGCGACCCUCAAAAUUUUGAUGGGGUAGUGAGCGCGUACUACGGCCUGAUGACUAAGGUCCCCGACGGUACUUUAACUUAAGCGAUAUUCCCCAACCUAAAUUAAAAUCAAAUUAUCUCCAAAAUUAUGAUUGGGCAUUAUUUUCAAAUACCUCGUAAGUUUUGCCCUCUGGUUUGUGUUUAACAGUAUCUGAGAGUGUCAGUCAUAUGGGUUGUGGUAUAUCACGUAUAGUACCAUUGGGGACCUUAGUCAUCAGGCCGUAGUAUGCACUCACUACUGCUGGCGACUUUAAUCGUUCACGCAACCAGGCACACUAAACAUAAUUAAACAACGAAUGGAUGCACUUCACCGAAGUAAAUGUCAAAGGCAGUCACUUUAUAUGAUAGCUGAAUGGUUGAUGAACCUCUCUGAAAUUUUAAAGUGUGUUUGUUGGGCUCCAGGGGUUUUUUUUGUUUUAAAAAAUUCUACCUUGAAUUCAGCGUUUUAAACUGGUGUGGUAAUUCAGGGUUUUUUACUAGGCUGUACAAAGAGGGUAAGUUAUUUGAAGGUUUUCCCAUGUUCCUUUAGGCAAUGAAUGCAGCUCUUUGUCCCGAAGCAAAAACCAACGGAUGAAAUGUUUGCUUGAUGGACCGAGUGUGUCCGAGUGGGUAGAGGGUUUAAUUACCCUAUAUAUGUCACAUCAAAUCAUGUUGUUCAACUGUGUCAGUGUUACCUUUUGGUGGCCCUUGGUGUCUCCAAAUACAAGUUCUUGACUGCUGUUAUUUUCUAUAAAGUUAUCAUUUUGUUUUGUCAAGGUAAGUAAUAUGGCAUGUCUAAAGUCUGUCUUAGGGCCUGUUGAGGUUGGCAGAGACUGGGUUAUCAUUUGCAUUGUCGAAAGUAGAACAGAUUUUUGGGCAGUUUGUAAUUUGAAAAUGUCUGUCUUUGGGUUCUGAACUAGUUAACACUCGGGUGAGCUUUGUUAGUUUUAGGGACUGGGAACAAAUGUUUUAGCCUUGAAACGUGUAGAUCAUCUGUUCUUCUGUAGAAAACUAACUGAUUUAAGGGGAUGUUUUCUUCCCAAGCUACCCCACACAUCUAAUUGCCUCUACUCCUCAAGACAACAAUUAGAACAAACAUGCAACUAUUACCGAAUGGCAUCAUGCAGAAGAGUUAACGCUCAGAUGCUACUGGAUCGCUAACAACAACAACAACAAACGUGUAGCUUAUUCAAUUAAUCCUGAUCACUCUCAAGAAAAGAGGGUUGGGUUGUCUUGGGUACGCAAUUUUUGAGUAUUUUCCGUUCUGUUUUGCUCUGAAUUGAGACAGGGUAUCUUUAGCUUUUAUGGAAAAUGUUUCUCCGGUUUUAAUAGCAAUCGCUGAAGUAAUUUAUAUGCAUGUAUGAUUUUGUACAAAUAAAAUUUCAUAUAUUUGAAUUUUU